GCGAGCGGUGGGCGGGGCCGGUGUUCAGGCACUCGGCGCGCGCGUGCGGUCAUCAGCACCUGACGACCACUGUUAAUUAAUUGAUGAGACACUUUCUCUAGUUCUUUAAAUGUAGCGACCGGAGAAAACAAAGUCAAACCUUUCGUUAUUGCUCGGUUUCUUUAUUUAAAAAAGAGGAGGAAGAAGAAAAGAAUAUAUUCUCGACAUUUUCUGGAGACCGGGAACAUUAUGAAAACUGUUAAGGACGAUGGGAAGGUGAGGGCGGCGUCAUUAAAUCGUUUUACUAAAGUUAAACAAGGCAAGCGGAUGGCCAACUUAAAGAGUGUGGUACAAGUCUUCAUCUUAAAAACACUCGAGGCGCCUCCCUCUGGGAUGUCCAAGAAUGGAUACUUCUUUCAAGAAAUGGAGCAGCGGGAGGUGGAGCAGGAGGAGGGCAGCGAGGGCCGAGAGGAGGGACAAGAUUCGCCGAUCGCCUGCGGAGAUGACAUCCACCUCUAUGACAACCAGAUCAGCCCUGGGCCAGAGACUGACGAUUCUGGCUGUGUGUUACUCAAUACAUCAAGAAGGUAUGUGAAGCUGAUGAAUUUUGAGGAGGAGGUUCGGGCACACCGUGACCUGGAUGGCUUCCUGGCGAGGGCCAGCAUCUUGCUGGAUGAGACAGCCGCGUCCCUGGACGAUGUUCUGAAGAGAAUGUUGCACCACGUGGGCCAGGACAGCCAUGCGUUAGAGCCCGGGUGCAACUUCGAGGAGGUGAUGAGCAUGCUUUUCACAGAUGCAGGAGCACAGGAGGUCAACGACAAGUCUCAAAGUUUCGUUUUCUUUGAUGACGUUCACCUGCUUUCAGAGACGAUCCAGGGAGUUACAGCAACCGCCACAGGGGUCCAGUACCAGCAGUCCUGGCUUUGCAUCCUCUGCAACGUGAAGCAUCUCCAGAAGCGUCAUGUGUGCAUCUCCCGCCUGGAGAGGCCACAAAACUGGGGGGAGAACUGCUGCGAGGUCCGCUAUGUCAUCCUGAUAUUGGCCCCUCUCAAAAUGAAAAGUACCAAGACGGCGAUGGAGCUGGGUCGCACAUUCGCCACCCUCUUCUCCGACAUCUCCUUCAGGCAGAAGCUCCUGGAGACAAAGACACAGGAGGAGUUUAAGGAGGCUUUGGUGUUCCAGAGGCACCAGCUCACGGCAGCCAACCAGAAGCCAACGGCUCUGGGGAAGGAGGAGACUGACCCUCGCAGUCAUAAACCCCUCAAGUGUAAAGAUUUCUUCAAAGCUGGCCGGGGAAUUUAUGAGGACUUUUGCCGCAGGCUGCCUUUCUACCCCUCUGACUUCACAGAUGGUAUAGUUGGCAGUAAUAAAACCCUGCUGAAGUACAUGACCACAGCCAUCUUCCUCUACAUUGCCAUCCUCCUCCCUGCCAUUGCUUUCGGCUCCCUCAAUGAUGAGAGCACACGUGGCGAGAUCGAUGUUCGGAAGACCAUCAUUGGCCAGAGUAUCGGCGGGGUCAUCUACUCGUUGUUUGCCGGCUCUCCUCUAGUCAUCCCUCUAACCACAGCUCCCCUCGCCAUUUUCAUCAGCGUGAUCCGAGGAAUCUGUGACGACUACAACCUGGAUUUCCCAGCUUUCUACGCCUGCAUUGGGUUGUGGAACUGCCUCUUUCUCAUCCUGGGAGGAAUCUUCAAUGUCAGUCUGCUCAUGAAGCUCUUCAAAAGGUCAACAGAGGAGGUCAUUGCCCUGUUCAUUUCCAUUGCAUUUGUGGUUGAUGCUGUGAAAGGCACAGUCAAAAUCUUUCAUAGGUACUACCACGCUCCAACACUGGCCAACAGAAGCAUAGGGGACUUUCCUCAAGGUGGAGACCUGCUGGGGGGAAACAGGAGUGAGGUGGUCGCAGGGUUUGCACUUACUGAAUCCUUCAUCCAGUGCAGUCGAGAGAGACCUGUCCUCUGCCUCCUGCUGAUGCUCGGGACAUUAUGGAUGGGCUAUACUCUCUACCAGUUCAAAAGGAGUCCGUUCCUGCAUGCCAAAGUGAGGGAGGUGCUGUCGGACUGUGCCCUGCCAAUCUCAGUGCUCAUGUUCUCCUUCAUCGGCUCCUACAUUUUCAGUGACAUUGAACUUCCAGUGUUUAAAGUUCAUAACCGGCCCAUCUUCAACGUGGCACCAUUUGAACGGCUGUCGCCCAUGAACGUUGUCAGCGCCAUGGGACUCGGCUUCCUCCUGGCCCUCCUCAUCUUCAUCGACCAGAACAUUGUUGUUUCGCUGACGAACGCACCAGAAAACAGAUUGCUGAAGGGUACUGCAUAUCACUGGGACCUGAUGCUCUCUGGGCUCAUUAACAUCCUAAUGUCAGUGCUGGGGUUGCCCUGGAUGCAUGCCGCCUUCCCCCACUCCACCCUCCAUGUGCGCCAGCUGGCUUUUGUGGAGCAGCGCGUCGAGGGGGGGCACCUCUACGAGACUAUCGUCCAGGUUAAGGAGACCCGUCUGACGUCUCUGGCUGCCAAUAUCUUCAUUGGCAUAUCAGUGUUGCUGUUGCCUCUCCCGCUGCAGUGGAUACCCAAACCUGUCCUCUAUGGCCUCUUCCUCUACAUCGCCCUCACCUCCAUCGACGGAAACCAGAUGUGCGACCGAAUGGCUCUCCUUCUGAAAGAGCAGACGUCUUACCCACCUACCCACUACAUCCGCAAAGUGCCCCAGAGGAAGAUCCACUACUUCACCUUCCUGCAGAUGAUGCAGCUGCUGGUGCUGUGUACGUUUGGCAUGUACCCGAUACCGUACAUGAAAAUGAUCUUCCCUCUGGUCAUGAUCCUCCUAAUCCCAAUCAGGAACAACGUGCUUCCUCAUAUCAUUGAGGCCAAAUACUUGGACAUAAUGGAUGCCCAACACAUGUAGCUACAGAUGGAAUAAGCUCUGGAUCCACAUAAAGACAUCUGGAAUUUAAACAAAAAAAACAAAAAAAAAGAAAAUUAACAAAAACAUAUUUUUCAAUGCAAAACUGUAUGGAAAGCAAAAAGGAAAUAUAUAUCGACUGUUUUGAUUUUUGUAUCCGAUAAGAACAUUCUUUUAGGUGAAACACUGGAAAAGUGGCAAGUCAUGUGAAGAGGGACGAGAGUCGUGGGAAAUAUUUUCCAAACAUUAAACGGACAGCAUCUCUCUGAGGGGGAAAUUCUACCGAAAAAAGGAAGGAGAAAAAGAAUGAAACAUAAAACAGGACCGUCCAGAACUACCUGUUUCACUUCUGUUUGACCCUGUCAGAUUGUUCAGUGCCAUAUACCUCCAUCUUCUCCAUUCACACCUUAUACUUUUCUAUGGUAACACUUUACAAUAUCCUACUGCAGUGUGUACAUCUGUGUUUUAACCUGUGGGCAACUGCUUCAAGUAUUCACUAAUACUGCUCAAGUAAUAAAACUGCUGCCAGUGGAAA